CGAUCAGGGUGAACCAACACUUCUCACGACAUUCACGCUCUCACCUCAGGAAUUGCUCACAUCUCUGUCACCAUGGCUGUGCGAAAGGACAAGAAGGUGAAAAAUGCGGAGUCUCCUCCCGCUCAACUGAUCGCCUCGGUCGGUGCCUUUCUGACCGAAUUCGGAUUCUUGAAAACAAGUACCGCCUUCGCGAAGGAACAGGCUGCUAAGUCUAUCGAAUCUUCGAGCGAUGCGAAGGAUGUGCCUUCAUUGUUGGAGAUCUUCCAGAACUGGGAGAACCAGGCGUCUUCCUCCAGCUCAAGCAGCACGUCGUCGUCUUCGUCUUCGUCUUCUUCGUCCUCGGGCUCCGAGAGUGAUGCUGACGACGAGGAUGAGAAUGAGGCCGCCCCUGCAUCUUCUACUGCUUUCAAGCAGCAAGGAACCAAGCGCAAGGCCGAAUGGGAUACCUCUUCCGAAUCAGACUCUAAGAAGGCCCCUAAGACCAAGAAAACCAAGGUUUCGUCUUCCGAAUCUUCUUCCUCGGACUCCUCGUCCGAUUCGUCUUCCAGCAGCGAGAGCGACUCGUCUAGCUCUUCUUCAUCUGAUUCGUCUUCCGACUCUGACUCCGACUCCUCGGAUUCCUCGUCCGAUUCCUCAUCCGAUUCCUCAUCCGACUCCUCGUCUGAUUCCUCGUCCGACUCUUCUUCCGAUUCUUCCUCCGAAUCCGAAGACGACAAGAAAGUCCUGAAAAAGGCGGCCAAGACACCACUUCCCCCUUCCGAUUCGAGCUCAAGCGGAUCCAGCGAUGACUCGUCCUCGGAUUCCAACGAAAAGGACACCAGUGACACCAGCGGAACCCUUGAGAACUCCGACAAGCUGGAGCAGGCUCAACAGACUAGCUCGUCGAGCGCCAGCCCUGCUCCUAGAAAUGGUGCGGCCCCGAGAAAGCACACUGGCGCCCGUCCCACCCCGUUGGCGUUGCUCAGUGAACAGCCUUACGACCACCAUCCCUCCAACACCUACGUGCCUUACGCGUACGCCGAGAAGGCCUACAACGACUUGAUCGUCACCCGUGGCAAGGGCUUCACGAAGGAGAAGAACAAGAAGAAGCGCGGCUCGUACCGUGGAGGGCCGAUUGAUAUCACCGGAGGCAAGUCCUUCAAGUUCGAUGACUGA